UACAGGGUGGUUUGGUUACAGGUUUGGUUUCAGAAUCGACGCGCAAAGUGGCGGAAGCAGGAGAAGGUCGGGCCCCAGGCACAUCCGUACAAUCCGUACUUGGGAUCGAGUGCGCCACCAGCAUCGGCGGUCGUCGCGCCGACCUUGCCCAACCCUUUCGCCCACCUGGGCACGUUUGCCCUGCGGAAACCGUUCGACGCGUUUCGUUACCCACCUCUGGGUCACGGGCCGGUCCUCCCCGGUAGUUACACCGCUCAUCCCUAUCAUCGGGCGCCGCCACCUUUGCUACCACCCGGGAUGCCUCUGCCCUACACGUCGGCGGCGUCCUUUCAAAGCCUGCUGGCCAACAUAUCGGCGGCCCAGCGGCCGAAAUUGGUCCGCGGCUCGCCGCCACCCCCGCCCCCGCCGGCGCCUGCGAUCGGCCUGCCGCAUCCGCAGGUCCCGCCGCCUCCGCCGACCGCCACCUCGCCCCAGGGCUCGCCCACAGCCACCGUGGGGCUGCCCGACAUCGACAGACGGACCAACAGCAUCGCCUCCCUCAGACUCAAGGCCAGGGAGUACGAGCUACACCUCGAGAUGCUUCGCAAGAACGGGGAUCUCAUCAGCUGAAGAGUUAUAGUUUCUUAGAUCCUAGACAAGUUUGUUGAAAAUCGUUGGCUAAGAUUUAGAUUUUUUUUAUUUCACCGUUUUUCUUACCGGUAAACGUGCCUCCGCGUCGUCCAAAUUUCAUCGUGAUCUCUUCUCGUCCCGUCGAUCGUGAAUCAAUCCCUUUUCUUUCGUCUUCGAAUCGAGUAUAAAAAAAUA